AGCAGUUUCAGGAUGGAAUCCCUUGUGGCGGCAAACACCAAGUUCUGCUUUGACCUACUCUGUGAACUGAGUAAGAGGGAUCCACACAAGAACAUCUUCUUCUGUCCCCUGAGCCUCUCUGCCGCUCUGGCCAUGGUCCGUCUCGGAGCACGAGGCCAAUCUGCCCAACAGAUUGACCAGGCCCUUCACUUCAACGAAAUUUUGUCAAGUGGGAGCUCAGAAGAUGACAUUUCUGUGGAAAGCAGAAACCAGGAGAAUCAAUCAGACCCGGAGUCAUCUCAGGAUGAGGAUUCUGUGACCCAAGAGAGGGAGGCCAGAGGACUUGAAUCCGUCUUCCGGAAACUCCUCUUCAAAUUAGACCGAGUCCGAGCCGAAUAUACCCUGAGCAUGGCCAGCAGGCUGUAUGGAGAGAAGAGCUUCCCGAUCAGUCAGGAGUACCUAGAUAAAGUGAUGAAAUUCUACCAUACAACCAUGGAAGCUGUUGACUUCCAGAAAAGCCUUGAAGAAACGAUCCAGCAGAUUAAUUUCUGGGUGGAAUGUCAGUCCCAGGGUAAGAUCAAGGAGCUCUUCACAAAGGACACCCUGAACUCCACUGUGGUGAUGGUGCUGGUCAACGCCGUCUACUUCAGGGCCAAGUGGGAAAAAGGCUUCGAGACCGAAAAGACAGAGGAAUCGGUGUUCUGGCUGAGCCAGGGCGAGCAGAAGAAGGUGAAGAUGAUGCACCAGAGGAAUUUAUAUAGGAUUGGCUUCAUCGAAGAAUUAAAGACACAGAUUCUUGAGAUGAGAUACAUCAAGGGGAGAAUGAGUAUGUUUGUACUGCUGCCAUCGAGCUCCGCCGAGGACUCCCCUGACCUGGAAGAGGUGGAGAGACAGAUCACCCAAGAGAAGCUGUCCGCCUGGACCAGCCCCUCCAGUAUGGCCGAAGCCCAGGUAGACGUCUCCUUCCCCCAGUUCACCCUGCAGGGCAGCUACGAUCUCAACUCUGUCCUUCAGGACAUGGGGAUCACCGACCUCUUUGACGAAUCCAAGUCCGACCUCAGCGGCAUAUCGCCGCAGCCGCAUCUCUACUUGUCCCAAGUUGUUCACAAGACAUUCGUGGAGGUCACGGAGGUCGGCACGGAGGCGGCGGCGGCCAGUGGCGUGGCCGUUUCGGAGAAGUCCGCGGUGCUCCCUGUGACUUUCAAUGCGGAUCACCCUUUCCUGUUCUUCAUCAGACACAACCGGACCCAGACCAUCCUCUUCUACGGCAGAGUCUGCUCCCCCUGAAGUCGGCCCCGUUCCCCGGCUCCAAGGGGCAGCCUGGGGGUCGGUCCCUCUCGUCACGGGGGUCUCCUCCGGUCAGUUCCGGUCAGCUAGUUUCAGCUCCGGUCAGCUAGCCACCCCUCCCGCCCCCUGCCGAAUCGGCAGCCAGGACUGCUUCAUGGCCCUCACCCCUAGCCUCUUGCCGUGGGACCCCGUGUCCCGGGACCCCACACCAGAUUACUCAGCUGAUCCUGCGCCGGCGGUAACCCCCCUUUCUCCUUGCCACUGGGUUGUCUCCGUUUGAGACCCGUGGAAACACUUCAGGCAGCUGAUGGCCUCUAUAAGAAGCGGUGUGGAGACAAGACCCCUAGAGCUCAAUAUCGAUCUUACGCACUACACCUGUUCACUGGCGGUUCGGGGUGCAGAUUUGCACCCUGAACCUGAACGCCGGGAUCCGCGUGCCCAACCUGCACACGUAGCCGCAUAUCGAAUCCGCACACCGGUGCCUGCACAUCGCAGUGGCUUGGGGAGAUGGGUGGGUUUAGUGAAGCCCUCUGAUUGCCUUUGUAAGACCUAACAUUUACGUUUAUGUGAACUAUUCCAUUUUAGUAAAUAAAAGUGCUUUUGCUUCUAACUGAA